AUGCUAUCAACUACUGACGCUGAGUUGCUGAUGAGUGUUCACGAGUGGAACACAUACCCGGAAUUAUACUUAGUGUUUAGAGCUGAGGAUGUUGCUAAGUACCAAUUCAUAUGCAGGGCUCCAUUUACAAUUGGAAGGUUUAGAUUUCUUGGAGAUGGUGUCACCGAGGAACAACAUAUGGCAACGAUAAGUGAGAUGAUGAGGAAUACCGAGCUAAAGUGCAGUGCUCAAAUACAUUCUGACGUUUAUAAUGAAGAAAAACUGGUCCUCAUUUACCAUUUCUCCAUGGAGCUGGAGAAACCCAAAAACAGUAUUGACCUAAAUGUCGGAGCUGAUGCUGAUAUGAGUGAUCACAUGGUCCCUAACGUGGACUAUAAUGCGGAUAUAAGCCAGCCGAUACCAGAAUUACUUCCAUUCAUUGGAAUGCCUGGUUAUGGUAUGAGACAAGAAAUCGGUGAAUCCUCCAAGGUAGGGGCAAAUGUGGCAAACAUAAAGCUCGAAGUUAGGGAGGCGACUGCACAUGAACAAGAAUAG